ACAGACCCACCUUGUCAGUCCAUCUGUGACACCCCGACGUCUCUCUGCUGCGCCUGGUCCGAACUGAGAAAAACAACCAAAAUGCAGAAUUUGGUUCUGAAGCUAAUGUUCUUGAUGGGAGUCACUGGUUUGUGCCAUGGUGCCAUUCAGAGACCAGACUAUGAUGACACCCCCAACCCACAAUUCCUCAACCCUUCCUGGAUGGUCAAUAUCCCAGACGAGCGACCCCUUUCUGAGGUCACCAUGCCAGGGACUCACAACACCAUGGCCUUUUAUGGCGGGGUGUACUCGGAAUGCCAGACCUGGAGUUUGGCCUCACAGCUGCGCGCUGGCGUUCGAUUCCUAGACGUUCGGGUCCGACACAUUAAUGGGAAUCUCACCAUCCAUCACGGGGUGUCGUACCAGUGGGCUCACUUUGGCCAGGUGUUGGAGGGCGUGGUGGACUUCCUCAAAAGCUUUCCCAGUGAGACUGUGCUGAUGCGACUGAAGGAGGAGUACAGCGAGACCAACAACAUCUACGGCAUUGUGGUGGACUUCAUCCACCGCUUCGCCCACUGGGACCUGCUGUGGCACAGUAGGCGUGUGCCCACCAUGGGGGAGGCGCGGGGGAAGCUCAUCAUCCUGCAGAACUUCGUGGGGCCGGAUUUGGGCAUGCGAUAUGAUUCUCUGGACAUUGCUGACUACUGGAAGGUUCCCACUUUGGCCCAGGUGGAGGACAAAUGGCAGAGCGUUUACAAACACCUGGAGGCCGCACCUACAGGGAACAUGGACCGGAUCUUCCUCACCUACAGCAGCGGGGCUGGUGUACUAGCACACCCGCGGGCCGUCGCUCUGCGUGUCAACCCACAACUUUAUGACUACCUGCUGUCCAAUAUGGCCAUCCGGAACCAACGCUUUGGAAUCAUUUGCAUGGACUUUCCUGCUGCUCCCAUCAUUCAAAUGAUCAUUGAUUUCCAGCUGGAGAAGUGAAAUAUGAAACAUCAGACCUGCUCGGAGAUUAAAGAGUAUGAAGAAUAAUCACUUUGGUAUGGAUGUUUAUGUACUGGCACAACAAGACAUU